AUGGCGUCUACCUCCCCAAGGCAGGUCGCGAUAAUCACUGGCGCAGCUCAAGGCAUCGGUCGUUCCGUUUCCCUACGGUUGGCAAAGGACGGCCUAGACCUCGCCCUUUUCGACCUGCCCAAGUGCCAAAACCUGCUGGAGGAACUCGCGGCGAGUAUCCGCGCAGAGCAUGGCGCUCGGGUCAUCACUGUCUAUGGCGACGUCAGCGUAGAAGAGGAUAUCAAGAAGCUGGUAGACACGACGACGGAGCAACUCGGGGACCUGUAUGCAAUGAUCGCUAAUGCAGGAACAGCUAACGUCGCCUCCUUGCACGAAACCACUACGGAGAUGUUCGACAAGCUGAUGAACAUCAACGUCAAGGGUGUUUUCUUCUCCUACAAAUACGCGCUGUUGCGUUUGUUAGAACAAGGCAAGGGCGGCCGCAUCGUCGGGGCGGCAUCUAUUUCCGGAAAGAGAGGCAGCCCGGAUCAACCGGUCUACUCCGCGACGAAGUUCGCGAUCCGAGGUUUGACACAGUCCGCCGCAAGAGAUUACGGGAAGUACGGCAUCACUGUGAACGCGUACGCGCCAGGGCUCGUAGACACACCUCUCUGGACCCUUGUGGACGAGAUGCACUCCGCGAACACGGGUGCGCCGAAGGGUUCCUGGCCUGGAUCGCCCCCAAAAAACGCUCUGGGGAGGGUCGCUCAGCCAGAGGACAUCGCGAAGCUUGUGUCCUUCCUUGUUUCUGACGACGCGGCAUUCAUAACGGGCCAGUCUUACAACGUGGAUGGGGGAGAAUACUUCGAUUGA